GUGUAACAGCCUUCAACUGUGGACCCUCACCGGAAUUCACACCGUCUACCGUGGACGCAUCGCUAUCGUGGACGUCCACGGUUGUAAAUGAUGGAUUUUUGGCAAAUAUACAGUCACAAGAGGGCGCUCUAUCAAUCUCUUGAAUAUCCGGCCGUCGUCCACGAUUUGAUAGUACUGACCGGAAUUUAUUUGUGUAACAAUACACCCCGUAUCCUCCGUGUGACAAAUUUGUAUACGGGGAAUGAAGCACAAUUCAAGCACGCCCUCUCGUGGCAGCGAAUUGCCACUAAGCGCGCGUAAACUGCAUGGCUGCCAUGGAACGGACCACCGCCGUCCGCGUUUGGUCGACUGAAUUCUGAUGGAAAACAUCGAAAACAUCGGUGUGGCAUCCUAGUUUUCAUUUUUUCCAGAAUAAUAUGCCUUUUCUGAGGAAAAGAAUAUCGCCGCUCGCUGAAGCAAAACAGUUCUGUGGUUCAGGUACUGAUAAAAGGAGUUUCCAACAACGAUACAUCAAUGACAUUAUAGGGUAUGGGCUUUUCACAACAACCCCAUUUCAACAAGGGGAUUUCCUAUUGGAAUAUAGGGGACAAGUCAGUCAGGUUGUUGACAACGAUGAGGCGAGCAACAUGUAUGAGUUUAUAUAUCAACACAAUGGUGUGGACUACAGGGUUGAUGCAUCACAUCCAGAUUCUUGUCAAGCCCGUUACAUCAAUGAUGAGCCAAAGCAACCGAACUGUAAAAUGAAAAAGAUUGUGAUUGACAAUAGCCCGCAUCUCUGCCUAUUUGCGCUUCAUCAUAUCGAUGCCGGCCAAGAGCUUCGGUAUGAUUACGGACCAGAUGAUUUUCCAUGGCGAGAGGCCAACCAUGGUUUGGAUUCAAAGAAACUUUGCACUAAGGAUAGCUUCACUGCAGAUUCAACAAAUGGAGAAGACAAUGCAUCAAGCGCCACUCUGAUCCCUUUGAAGUGCAACCAAGGUUUCCAGACUACUCAAUUAAAUGUCCAUGCAGUUGCCAGCAACACCUGCCCAACUCCAUCAGAUGUUACACUUUGUGAUCCUGCUACAAGCUGUAUUACAGAAUCACCAAGCAGAGCAGACAGUGCUGUAGGCCCAACUUUAGUCCAAAACCAAAGCACAAGUCUUCAGAGCUUGCCUUACUCAGAUCAUUCCAGUCCCCAUGUAGAUGCCAGCAACACCUGCCAAACUCCAUCAGAUGUUACACUUUGUGAUCCUGCUACAAGCUGUAUUACAGAAUCACCAAGCAGAGCAGACAGUGCUGUAGGCCCAACUUUAAUCCAAGACCAAAGCACAAGUCUUCAGAGCUUGCCUUACUCAGAUCAUUCCAGUCCCCAUGUAGAUGCCAGCAACACCUGCCAAACUCCAUCAGAUGUUACACUUUGUGAUCCUGCUACAAGCUGUAUUACAGAAUCACCAAGCAGAGCAGACAGUGCUGUAGGCCCAACUUUAAUCCAAGACCAAAGCACAAGUCUUCAGAGCUUGCCUUACUCAGAUCAUUCCAGUCCCCAUGUAGAUGCCAGCAACACCUGCCAAACUCCAUCAGAUGUUACACUUUGUGAUCCUGCUACAAGCUGUAUUACAGAAUCACCAAGCAGAGCAGACAGUGCUGUAGGCCCAACUUUAAUCCCAGACCAAAGCACAAGUCUUCAGAGCCUGCCUUACUCAGAUCAUUCCAGUCCCCAUGUAGAUGCCAGCAACACGUGCCCAACUCCAUCAGAUGUUACACUUUGUGAUCCUGCUACAAGCUGUAUUACAGAAUCACCAAGCAGAGCAGACAGUGCUGUAGGCCCAACUUUAAUCCAAGACCAAAGCACAAGUCUUCAGAGCUUGCCUUACUCAGAUCAUUCCAGUCCCCAUGUAGAUGCCAGCAACACCUGCCAAACUCCAUCAGAUGUUACACUUUGUGAUUCUGCUACAAGCUGUAUUACAGAAUCACCAAGCAGAGCAGACAGUGCUGUAGGCCCAACUUUAAUCCAAGACCAAAGCACAAGUCUUCAGAGCUUGCCUUACUCAGAUCAUUCCAUGCCCCAUGUAGAUGCCAGCAACACCUGCCAAACUCUGUCAGAUGUUACACUUUGUGAUCCUGCUACAAGCUGUAUUACAGAAUCACCAAGCAGAGCAGACAGUGCUGUAGGCCCAACUUUAUUCCAAGACCAAAGCACAAGUCUUCAGAGCUUGCCUUACUCAGAUCAUUCCAGUCCCCAUGUAGAUGCCAGCAACACCUGCCAAACUCCAUCAGAUGUUACACUUUGUGAUUCUGCUACAAGCUGUAUUACAGAAUCACCAAGCAGAGCAGACAGUGCUGUAGGCCCAACUUUAAUCCAAGACCAAAGCACAAGUCUUCAGAGCUUGCCUUACUCAGAUCAUUCCAGUCCCCAUGUAGAUGCCAGCAACACCUGCCAAACUCCAUCAGAUGCUACACUUUGUGAUCCUGCUACAAGCUGUAUUACAGAAUCACCAAGCAGAGCAGACAGUGCUGUAGGCCCAUCUAUAAUCCAAGACCAAAUCAUAUGUUGUCAGAGCUUGCAUACAUUGGAUGAUGACUCAAGUCUCAAGGUAAAUCCCAGCACCACCUACCAAUCAACGAUGAAUAUCCAAAUGUGUGAUCUUGGUGGAGGCUUUAUUGCCGAAUCACCAGACGGAUCAGACAACACAGUUUUUUCCACUUCAGUCCCUGUAUGUAGCAACCGAAGUCUCUGGAACUUGUCAAAGUCAGCUGAAUAUUUAAGUCCCCAUAUAGAUGCCAGCAAUUUCUAUGAUUCUCCCAGAGUCGUUAAUUCGAAUGAUACUGCUGGUGGCUUUGUGGCACAAUCUUCAGGCAGAUUUGAAAAUUCAGUUUGGGCUACUUGGAAUUGUGUCAGUAGCUCAAAGUCAGAUGAUCAUCCUAUGUCUACACAAAAGAGCAGUGGUUUUGUCCAACCCCACAAAGAUACUUACCUUUUAGAUUCUGACAGCUAUGUUCCAGAAUCAUCAGAUGAAGAACAUGAAGAUGACCCUAUUCCGCUUGCAGGGAAAAGAAGGAAUGCUGUACAGCGCAACACUCAGAAUAUUUGGCCAGGUAAUCAUCAAACACCCCAUCAAGAUUCUUUCCAUGGUCCUGAUGUUAGUGAUGCUGAUUGUGAUGACACUGACGGCUCUGACUCGGAUUAUCUUCCUGAAUCCACUGAUGAAAGUGUUGAUGAAAAUGCAUAUUCUGCUUGCUCACCUCUGAUUCCAGUCACUAGGGGAAGGAAACAAGUCAUAAGCUCAAACAACUCUGAACAUCAGAGUAACCAUCUGCAUGAAAAGGAAUCCGAUAUGCUGAAUGGGAAUGAGGACCUCCCUGAGAGUAGCUUUAAAAAUGAAGCUUCAGGCAAAUGGAGAGUGGUGAACAAUGUCAAAGUUGAUAAGACUACAUGUUCAGGUUCAACUGACCAUCAAGUUUCUGUGGUCUCGAGCUCAUCUUCAUCUAAUACAUGUACAUCAGACAUUGAAGUACUGACCACUUCAAAUGAUGGUGGUGCACGUAGAUGGGAUAAGCCCCAGUUCUGUCCAUUUUGUAUGACUCCACAGAAGAAGUUGCCGCGCCAUUUGGCUACUGAUGUGCACAAAGACGAACCACAAGUUCAACAGUGGCUCGCCACAGAAGACCCCAAGGAACGUGCUAAGCACUUGACGCUGAUGAGAAACUAUGGAAACUUCCUUCAUAACGCCAAAGUACUUGAAGAGGGAAAAGGUAGUCUUAUCGUAGUAUAUAGGCCGGCAUAUACAGUUAGUUCUAUGGACUAUUUGCCGUGUACCAACUGCUUUGGCUAUUUUGCGCAAAGUGACUUAUGGAAACAUAAAUGCAGCCAGGCAGCAGAUGACGAAGAACCAACUAAAAAGAAAAGAAAAACUGGACUACGAACAGCUAGUAGAAUGUUGUUGCCAAGCAUACCUGGGGUUAGUAAGCGUACUCAUGAGAUCUUGUCCAGCAUGAAAAGUGAUGCAAUAGGAAGACUUGUGCGAUCAGACCAACUGAUUGGAAAGUUUGCAGAGAAACUGACCAAAAAACAUGGCCAUUCAAAAGAUCAAGAAGGAUACAUCAGACAGCGGCUGCGUGAGGUGGCAAGAAUGGUGUUAGAGUACCGAAUAUUAACCGAACAUUCGCAAGCCCAGUUAGCGGAUCUUAUUUGUCCGGAGAAGUUUACCAAAGUCCUAGAGGCAACGAGACGAACAGCAGGAUUCCAAGAAGAUACAAAUCUUUAUACAACUCCAAGCCUGGCUCUUAAAAUAGGGCAUAGCCUUAAGUCUUGUGCAGAAAUUCUGCGAGGAGAUGCCCUGUUGUCCGGGGACAAAGCUCUUGAGAAGAAUUGCAAAGCUGUAGUACAGUUGUAUAACUUGAAUUGGGAAGGUGAAGUUAGCCAUCAUGCGCUGAGAACCUUGCAAGAAGCCAGGAGAAACAACCCAAAGUUACUGCCCUUAACUGAGGAUGUUGUUCAGUUAUCAAAAUACAUCAAGAAUCAUGUUGCAGUGAGACAUAGAGAGCUGCAGAAGGCUGUAAACAAAGAUGUUCCUAAAGCUUGGACAGAAUUAGCAGAACUUCUUCUGACUCAGAUCAUCGUUUUCAACCGGAAACGCCCUGGAGAGGUGUCAAAAAUGACUUUGAGUGAUUACAGCAAGUGUGCCAGUGGCACAACAUGUGUUGUUGAUGGGGCCUUAUCAGCACUUGAGAAGGCAUUGUGUAAAGCGCUCUGGAGAGUUGAGAUUGUUGGAAAGCGUUUGCGUACCGUUGUAGUGCUGUUCACUGCCAAGAUUAAGACAGCCCUUGACACACUGAUGAACCGAAGACAUGAAGCAGGAAUAGAUGACAGCAAUGCGUACCUGUUCAGUAAUCAGCGAGGACUGGGACACAUAAGGGGAACUGACACUCUUAGAGAACAUGCUUCAAAGUGCAAAGCUAAGAAUCCUGAGUUCCUUCGUGCAACGAGACUUCGCAAACACAUUGCUACAGUAUCACAAGUAAUGAAUCUUCAGGAAAACGAGCUCGACCUGCUGGCGAGCUUCUUAGGUCAUGAUGUCAGAACCCAUCGUGAGUUCUACCGCAUGCCAGAGUCAACACUUCAAGUUGCCAAACUGUCAAAGGUCCUUCUCAAGAUGGACAAAGGUGAUGUGCAGGGACUAGCUGGAAAAAGACUGAAGGAUGUUGAACUGGACCCUAGUGAAGAAUACGAUACAGAUGCGAUGUCAGAAUCGUCAGGUGAUGAGGGAGAUGAUGAGCCUGAGGAACCCAUGAGUCUGAAUGAGGAAGCAAAAGAUGCAGAUGGGACAAAGCUUGUUGUACAGCAGCAAACAAAGAGGCCAUGGACUUGUGCUGAAAAAAAAGCAGUUGUGAAACACUUGGGCAUGUUCCUGAGGAUGCGGAAGGUACCCGGGAAGGGACCCAUCACUGCAUUGAUGAAUGCCGAACCCCAGCUGUUCAAGAAUCGUACUUGGAGAAACGUAAAAGACUUUGUGAGGAACCAGGUCCGAAAACAAGAUCCAAUGAGCUUUCUGCAGAUCCGGUAAAAUAAGAAAAAUACAAAGACUUAAAGACAGAAGGCCCUUUGUUCUAAAAUUGCACAGAUUUGUCAACAAGAGAUUACACAUUUUCUUUGCAUGUAAUUUUUUUUAAGCAAACAAAAGUUGUAAAAGAUUUAUUUAUUUGUUUAUUUUAACAAAAGUAGUGAUCAUAUAGAAGUUGAAAGGAAGUUAACAUCAAUUUCUGACGUCUUCUUCGGACCUGGCUCCUCACAUCAAUUUCUGACAUCUACAGAAAAAGUACAAAAGAAGAAUGUUUUGACAUGUAAAGCUUACAUGUUCGUUAGCAUUAACACGCGUACUAGUCUUUCCAAUGCCAUUCUGCACAAUUUUGCCGCACAUGCCAAUCAUACGCACACGCAUGUCUGACUUGAUUGCGCAAUCAUGGCUGUGAUUUGUCAAAUGGGUGAACGCGCAAAGUUUGAUUGAUAGGCCGGAUCGGUCCAUUAUAGCGACUUGCUUGCCAUUAAGUAGAAAUCUGAAAUUUAAUUUGUUGUUGAAACUGAAGUUUAAUUUCCAUAUGUUGUUUUCUUUUGUAAACAAAAGUAAUGGUUUAUAUAUACAUGUAGAAGUUGAAAGGAAGUUAACAUCAAUUUCUGACAUCUACAACAACAAAAAGUACGAAAGAAGAAUGUUUGACACUGCGUACACAAAUUUAAUUUGUAGUUGAUACUUAAGUUUAAAUUUUCAUUUUAUUUAUUUAUUUUAACAAAAGUAGUGAUCAUAAAGAAGUUGAAAGGAAGUUAACUUCAAUUUCUGACAUCUAAAGAAAAAAAGGUACGAAAGAAGAAUGUUUGACACGUAAAGCUUAGAUUUUUCUUUUAUUUGUUUAUUCAAACAAAAUGAGUAAUCUUUUCGAAAUUCAUAGUCAAUUCUUAAGAGAUGACAUACAUUCAGGAAGAGUGUAGAUUGGUCCCAAUCGUCACAGUACAAUUUUGUAACUGGUGGGGGGGGGGGGGGGGGGCACAGCUUGCCAAAGCACAUAUCUAGUAGUUCUUGUCUUGGGCAUUUUGCCACAUAAUAACUUAUCACAGAAAACUGUACAUGUACUUAAGUAAAGUAUUUUUGACUGUUAUUUUCUAGUGUUCACUCAUUACAUAUAAUAUUUGCAUUGUGUAAUCAAUAGAACACAUGGUUUAUAAGAAGUGUAUACUUAAGACUCGUGUACUAUACAAUGGACCAUUCCAGCUUUCCACUAAGCUACGCCCACUGCGUACAGGUUUGUGAGGAUAACACGCGUACUAGCCUUUCCAAUGCCAUUCUGCACAAUUUUGCCGGGCGUGCCAAAUAUAUGCAAAUGCAUGUCCGACUUUUGUCCAACUUUUGAUUGCGCAAUCAUGGCUGUGAUUUGUCAAAUGGAGUGAAGGCGCAAAGUUUGAUUGAUAGGCCGGAUCGGUCCAUUAUAGCGACUUGCUUGCCAUUAAGUUGAAAUCUGAAAUUUAAUUUGUAGUUGAAACUUAAGUUUAAAUUUUCAUUUUCUUCUUUUUUUUUACCAAAAGUAGUGGUUUAUAUAUACAUGUAGAAGUUGAAAGGAAGUUAACAUCAAUUUCUGACAUCUACAACAACAAAAAGUACGAAAGAAGAAUGUUUGACACUGCGUACACAAAUUUAAUUUGUAGUUGAUACUUAAGUUUAAAGUUUCAUUUUAUUUAUUUAUUUUAACAAAAGUAGUGAUCAUAAAGAAGUUGAAAGGAAGUUAACUUCAAUUUCUGACAUCUAAA